CUCGUCCACGCCGGCCUCCUAGUGACUCUCUUCUGCUGGGCACCAGAGCCCCGGCAGCGGGUCCAGGCGCCUCUGCUCUAUGCCAUAGCCGUGCUCUGGGGCACAGGGAGUGCCCUCAACAAGACCAGCAUUAGCAUCCUCCUGGGCAUGCUGUACGAGGACAAGGAGCGCCAAGACUUCGUCUUCACCAUCUACCACUGGUGGCAGGCCCUGGCGAUCUUCACUGUCUACCUGUGGUCAGGGCUGCCCAUGAAGGCCAAGCUCUCCAUCAUGCUGCUGACGCUGGCAGUGGCGCACAAGAUGCGUGGCUACCGCUACUUGGAGGAGGACGACUCGGAUGAGACCGGCUCGGAGGGCGACGGCGGCAAGGACGACAAUGACGAGCACCCGGUGGAGGCCACCAGCGGGGAUGAGCUGCCAAAAGAUGAUGGGGACCAGCUGGGUUAG